UGAAUUUUGUGUUUUUCUUUUUAUUUGUUGGUAUUCAUUUUUUGGACUUCUCAUAAUAAGUACUUUAUACUUGAACAAUGUAUACAUAUUAAAUGCUUGUUUCAAAUUUAUAAAUAAUUCUUUAAUAAAAAUUAAGAAAAUUCUAAUCAACGAUGAGCCUCAUCUUCUCAGAAGAGAAUAUCAUAUGAAAAAAAAUCCCAUUUUGCUUAUGGAAUUGAGGAUUCUUAAGAAACAAUAUACGGAAUUGAUAGAAGCUGUUCAGUUAUUAAAUCAUUCAUAUAGCUUGAAAAAUGAAAUGAUAUUAUUGAUGUUAUUCUUCGAUAUUACGUUCAACUUAUACAUUUAUCUAAUAUUAUACAAUACAGAAGUAGGCAAGAUCACAAAGAUAAACAGUACUCUUGGAUUUGCAAUUUUCUAUGUCGUAUAUAUAGUUAUUUCUGUUUCAAUCAUUGAAAUUAUUAGAGUCCAAAUGAAAAAAAUUGGCUCAAAUAUUCAUAAAAUUCUCGUGCAUACUUUUGAUGAUCAAAUUAUAACGGAGUUGGAGUUAUUUUCUUUAGAAGUGUUGCAAAAAGAUAAUACAUUUGUGAUGUUUGGACUCGAAAUAGACUUGACUCUUGUGACAGAGAUGACAUGCAAAAUUACUACCUUUUUAUUAAUAAAUAAUUGA